AAGAGCAAUCUCCAAAUCAUCAAGGAUUGCGAUAACUUUCCCUACGACGUCCCUGGAGAACGCGAACGAUAUGCAGCGCUCAUAUCCUCCCUCUGGACGUUCCACCUUCCCAACGAUCCACGACCACAUGGCUACAUCCUCGACUCAGUUGUCCAGAAGAUGCCAUGGACCAAGGACUUCCACCUCGAUCCCACAAUGAAAGAAGUCCACCUCCUCCAACCUGCCGGAGAAAGCUGGCAAGCCGAAUGCAGUUUGGCCAUCGAUGCGCUUCUUGAUCUUGCCAGACUCAUUAACGUCUUCCCAAAGCUCGGCGCCGAGCGAGACGAACAAUUCUCCAUCAUCGGAGCCCAGUUCCCGAUUGGCGUCGAACGCUCAGCAAGCUCACUGCUUGGCAUCAUUGGCAGAGGUGUACAUAUGACAGUCUACACCAAGACGCCUUCAGGUAUCAAGUUCUGGAUUGCUCGUCGCAAUCUCACGAAACAUGCCUACGCCGGUAAACUUGACAAUGCCGUCGCCGGUGGAAUUGCCCUUGGAGAAGAUCCGCUCGAGUGUCUCAUCAGAGAGGCUGAGGAAGAGACUGGCAUGUCUGAAGAGCUUGUUCGGGGGCAUGUAAAGGCUGCAGGUAAUAUCUCUUGGCUGUACAUCAGCGAUACGCAAGCUGGUGGAGAGUUGGGUCUCAUGAAUGCCGGAAUUAGCUAUGUGUAUGAUCUUGAGGUUGGUGGCGAGAUUGUAUUGAAGCCAGUUGAUGGGGAUGUUCAUGAGUUCUUGUUGAUGGAUGUAGAGGAUGUACAAGAGGCUAUGAGGAAUGGGGAAUUUAAGUGUGUGUGUGCGAAUGUGAUGAUGGACUUCUUCAUUAGGCAUAGGUUCAUCACGGAGGAGAAUGAGGAGGAUUAUGGUGAACUUGUUAGGAAGUUGCACCGGGAGCUGCCGUUUCCCACGGGUUCUGCAUAA